CCGAAAAGCCCCUGCGUUCUUGUCUCUUGCAACCACCGUCCACUCGGCGACAUGACUCUCGACAUUGCCCAAGUGCACGACAGCUUUCCUGCCUUGAAGUCAGGGUACAUCUUUGCGGACAACGCGGGAGGCUCGCAAUGUUUGGCUGAUGUCGUCGCUCGUAUCUCGGACUACCUCCUUAACACGAACGUCCAACUCGGCGCAGACUACUCCGUCUCUGUCAAGAGCACCCAACGAGUCGCGGACGGCGUCGAGGCGGUCAGGGAGCUCUUUAACGCGGAGAGUGCAGAAGAGGUGGCGAUGGGCAGCAGCUCAACUAUGCUGGCUGAGAACCUGGCGAGAGCAAUUGAAGGAGAUUUUUUAGAUGGCGACGAGAUCAUCAUCACGGGAGAGCAUGAAGGUAUGCACUGUUGGUUCACAUGCGUUCACACUUUACACCAUGGUCAAUCUCUCCCAGCCACUAUCGUGUGAUCGCUAUUGCUACAGCUUGGCGCAUUGGUCUGCUCUGCUCUGAUGUUCGGGCUCAAAGGCUUGAACUUCCACCAGACAAAGUCUCUGCCCCCUGUCGAGCGAGAUUCGUGUAUCUGCUUCGUCUUCUUGGUCCUCAUUGCCAUGAUAAAUGCUACUUGGCUACGCACUUCUCGAUGAGAGCUUGCAGGGGGCCUUGCCAGCCUGCUUGGUUUUACCAUCCUCAGGGAGCUAACAAUCCCAAUCUCAUGUAGCGAAUGGCGGCCCAUGGAAGAAGCUCGCAUCUCGCCGAGGCCUGACUGUCAAGGUCUGGAAGCACACCCAAUGCCCCGAGUUGCCCAACAACCCCUACGCCGUCUCCCUCAAAAUCGACACGCUCCUCCCCCUUAUCACGUCCAAGACGCGCCUGAUCACCUUCACGGGCUGCUCGAACAUUCUCGGCACGAUCGUCCCCAUCAAAGAGUUCACCGCCGCAGCGCGUGCACGCGCGCAGGAGGUCGGCGCGCGCAAGCUCGAGGUGUGCAUCGACUGUGUCGCGUACGCCCCGCACCGGCGCGUCGACGUGCGGGACUGGGACGUCGACUACUGCUUCUUCUCGCUGUACAAGGUGCGCCUCCUCUCCCGUCCCCCCUCCCUUCCCGCCGUCCGCUGAGCGCAACCCCCGGCACAGAUCUACGGCCCGCACAUCGGCGCGCUGUACGCACGGCGCGCGAGCCUCACGCACUCGGUCGCGCCGCUGACGCACCACUUCCUGUCCGGGCCGCACACGUCGUACAAGCUCACGCCCGGCGGGCACGGCUACGAGCUCGUGUACGCGUGCACGGCCGUCCCUGCGUACCUCCGCGCGCUCGUGCCGAGUGCGUCGCUCGACGACGCGUGGGCCGCGAUCGCAGAGCACGAGCAGAACCUCGUCCGCCCGCUGCUCGCGUACCUGAAGAGCAAGGAGGCGCGCGGCGUCAGGAUCGUGGGCGAGGAGACGGCGGGACCCGCGCGAGCGCCGACGGUCUCGUUUGUCGUCGUGGGAGAGAGGCCGAUGGCUAGCCGGGACAUCGUCAACGUUUUUGAUCAGAAGAAUAGCGUCAGUUAUUUCCGUUCCGU